GUGUUUCAGGAUACGCCCACACCUCUGUCUAUCAAGGUUCCACUGGGCGGCUUUUCGACCUCGUCUUGACCUCAUCUGACCUUUUCUUCACAUUUCUCACGGUGUGGUGGUGGUGAACCCGGGUCAGCCAGGAUGACGCGGGUGACCUCAGCGGUAGUGGUGACGACUCUAACCUUGCUGGUCAGAACCGCCUUCGCCAACUCCAGCAGGAGGUUCAGCUCAUCACGGCCGCGAGCGUUCGACUUCGCGGCAGAGGCUGAGUCCGUAGUUGGUGAACUGAAUGCCAACUUCAGCUGUGAUGGGAGGGAGUAUGGUUACUACGCCGAUCAGAGCCACAAGUGUAAGGUCUUCCAUAUCUGUAUGCCUGUCAAGACCGCCACUGGCCGCAUCAUGGACACGUUUCAGUUCAGUUUCUUCUGUCCAAAUCAAACACGGUUCAGCCAAGACUCACGCACCUGUAUCGACGAAGACCGAUCGUACCCCUGCAUUAAGGCUCACACACUCUAUGACCUCAACAAGAACAUCGGCAAACGCGCCCGUAAUAAGAAGCGUCCUAUCAACCCGAAGGCGGCCGUCACAGGCGCCCACAAGUUCAGCGCCGCAGCGUUUUCAGGUUCAGCUGAUGCUAAGUUAUCCUUCUCCUCAACGGGGUUUUCAAGCUCCGAAGAAACAGACUCGUUGUUUUCUUCUCAGGCCCCCAGUUCGGACGUUUCUUCAGGUAAUCGUCAGGCCUCUGGAGCAACAUCUUCAGUGACAGGCAGAGGAACACCUGACCAGGUUGAUUCAGAAUUGCAAAUCGGAGAACCAGUUGUACCGAUUUCCCAUUUUUCUCACUCCUCUGGAUCAUCUGGAGCUCAGCCCGCUUCAUUCGUUACUGGAUCAACCGGGCACAAUGUUGCAAUUGGUUCAACAGCUGGAAGCCAAUUUUCGACGACCAUAUCUGAAAACACUGAGCCCAUAAUACCUCCUGGAUCACAAAUAUUUUCCACUGUGUCAGUCAACCAUCAGAACUCUCUCUCUCGAGGAACACAGAAAGAUGAUAAUUCAGCAGCGAAUGUUGGCACCUCUACCAGGGCCGGUGCAUCUUCCUUCGGUUCCUCUUCCCGCGGAUCGUCUGGGUUCUCUGCUUCCGGGACACCUACAACUCCCGGGUCCUCACAACUGUUUACGAGUUCGGCCUCAUCCACCACCAGCAGCACCAAUGGCACUCCAGCUCCAUCUGUAAGACCAGGACAAAAUAGACAGCAAGGUAACACAGCGACAACAAUCAACUCGGGAGCCUUUCGUAUCACCGUCAACGGUAUACCUAUAUCAGCUUCAGGCCACAGUGGAACAACCUCGGUAAGCAAUAGAGGGUCCAACACUUUCUCCUCUGGCUCAGCUGUAACCAACAUUCAAGGCUCACCGACAGGCUUCACACAACAUGCCACAACAACAAAUGCUCACGGUUCGAAAUCUGUUGCUCAUAAUGAAGAAUUCGCCUCCACAAAAUCAAUAGACGGGGCUUCCCAGGACACGUUAUUCACAAGCAGUCAAACACUCGGCGCGGUCUCAAGCAUAGGUGAGACGAUUCCUGGGUCUUCUUUCACAUCAAGAGGAAGGACACAGUCUUCUUCCUCAGGAUCCGCCAACAGCUUCAACACUAAUCGUCUCUCAGUAGGAUCCAGUAACAGUGGAAUAUCAGGAUCAAGUAACCGCGGCUCUGCAUCUUUUUCACAGAACGCUUCAGGAAAUCUCGGCUCAUCAGCUGUUACACCUCAACCAGUCAUCCAUAUCCACCAGCAAGUUACUCCAAGUCAUCAGCCAAUCUCUCCUACCCACCAACCAGUGUCUCCUGCCCACCAACCAGUGUCUCCUACCCGUCAACCAGUCUCCCCUACCCGUCAACCAGUCUCUCCUACCCGUCAGCCGGUUUUUUCUACCCGUCAACCCGUCACUCCCCGUCCCACAACACCACCGAAGACCUUAAGUUCCGCAUCUCCUCUCCAAAUCCCUGGUUUCUCUUCUGGUAUAGUUCACCUCCACGGAGAGAUCCAGAGUGGAGGCGUAUCCCCGACCGUCCACCAUCCCUCCACUAUCGGAGUCACCAUCCCAACUACUACCGAAUAUUACACAGAAGAGGAGAAUUACGACGCCUUCAUCACCACCGAGUCUGCCUUUGAAUCCGAAAGAGACUUCAACGACGCUCCAUUUGCCGGGUCCCAUGAUGAAUUUGGCGCCUCGUUCUCCAGAGGGUCUACGGCAUUCACAGGAGGAAAUUCUGUCGUGGUUUCCCCUACAUCAUCAACCGGGUCCAUAGGAUUCACUCUCUCCCAUAAUUCCCUCGGAGCAUCAAACACACAAGGGUUAUCUGGAUCAUCUGCGAGUCAUGGAUCAACAAGAAAGAGAGGAUCAGCCGCAUCAGGAGGACAUGGAUCGUCAUUUUCAAUAAAUAACCAAGGGACAUCUGCAUCUCGUGGGUCUGGUGGACGUUUCCAAGGAUCCACUGCUAUUGUGAGUAGUCAUGGAUCAUCAAACUUCCAAGAAUCUGGUGCUUCUGGAAGUGGCCAUGGAUCAUCAAACUUCCAAGGAUCUGGUGCUUCUGGAAGUGGCCAUGGAUCAUCUAACUUCCAAGGAUCUGGUGCUUCAACAGGAGUGCGUGGAUCAUCUAACUUCCAAGGAUCUGGUGCUUCUGGAAGUGGCCAUGGAUCAUCUAACUUCCAAGGAUCUGGUGCUUCAACAGGAGUGCGUGGAUCAUCUAACUUCCAAGGAUCUGGUGCUUCUGGAAGUGGCCAUGGAUCAUCUAACAGGAUCUGGUGCUUCCAUGGAUCAUCUAACUUCCAGGAUCUGGUGCUUCAACAGGUGCGUGGAUCAUCUAACUUCCAGGAUCUGGUGCUUCUGGAAGUGGCCAUGGAUCAUCAAACUUCCAGGAUCUGGUGCUUCUGGAAUGGCCAUGGAUCAUCUAACUUCCAAGGAUCUGGUGCUUCAACAGGAGGGCGUGGAUCAUCUAACUUCCAAGGAUCUGGUGCUUCUGGAAGUGGCCAUGGAUCAUCAAACUUCCAAGGAUCUGGUGCUUCUGGAAGUAGCCAUGAAUCAUCAAACUUCCAAGGAUCUGGUGCUUCAACAGGAGUGCGUGGAUCAUCUAACUUCCAAGAAUCUGGUGCUUCUGGAAGUGGCCAUGGAUCAUCUAACUUCCAAGGAUCUGGUGCUUCAACAGGAGUGCGUGGAUCAUCUAACUUCCAAGGAUCUGGUGCUUCUGGAAGUGGCCAUGGAUCAUCUAACUUCCAGGAUCUGGUGCUUCAACAGGAGUGCGUGGAUCAUCUAACUUCCAAGGAUCUGGUGCUUCAACAGGAGUGCGUGGAUCAUCUAACUUCAGAAUCUGGUGCUUCUGGAAGUGGCCAUGGAUCAUCUAACUUCCAAGGAUCUGGUGCUUCAACAGGAGUGCGUGGAUCAUCUAACUUCCAAGGAUCUGGUGCUUCUGGAAGUGGCCAUGGAUCAUCUAACUUCCAAGGAUCUGUUGCUUCUGGAAGUGGUCAUGGAUCAUCUAACUUCCAAGGAUCUGUUGCUUCUGGAAGUGGCCAUGGAUCAUCAAGCUUCCAAGGAUCUGGUGCUUCUGGAAGUGGUCAUGGAUCAUCUAACUUCCAAGGAUCUGUUGCUUCUGGAAGUGGCCAUGGAUCAUCAAGCUUCCAAGGAUCUGGUGCUUCAACAGGAGUGCGUGGAUCAUCUAACUUCCAAGGAUCUGGUGCUUCUGGAAGUGGCCAUGGAUCAUCUAGCUUCCAAGGAUCUCGUGCUUCAACAGGAGUGAGUGGAUCACCAAACUUCCAAGGAUCUGGUGCUUCUGGAAGUGGCCAUGGAUCAUCUAACUUCCAAGGAUCUGGUGCUUCUGGAAGUGGCCAUGGAUCAUCUAACUUCCAAGGAUCUGGUGCUUCAACAGGAGUGCGUGGAUCAUCUAGCUUCCAAGGAUCUGGUGUUUCAGCAGGAGUAAGUGGAUCAUCUAACUUCCAAGGAUCUGGUGCUUCUGGAAGUGGCCGUGGAUCAUCAAGCAUCCAAGGAUCUGGUGCUUCAGCAGGAGUAAGUGGAUCAUCUAACUUCCAAGGAUCUGGUGCUUCUGGAAGUGGCCGUGGAUCAUCAAGCAUCCAAGGAUCUGGUGUUUCAGCAGGAGUAAGUGGAUCAUCUAACUUCCGAGGAUCUGGCUCUUUUGAAAGUGGCCGUGGAUCAUCAAGCUUCCAAGGAUCUGGUACUUCAACGGGUGUGCCUGGAUCACGAAACUUCCAAGGAUCUGGUGCUUCUGGAAGUGGCCGUGGAUCAUCAAGCAUCCAAGGAUCUGGUGCUUCAGCAGGAGUAAGUGGAUCAUCUAACUUCCAAGGAUCUGGUGCAUCUGGAAGUGGCCGUGGAUCAUCAAGCAUCCAAGGAUCUGGUGCUUCAGCAGGAGUAAGUGGAUCAUCUAACUUCCAAGGAUCUGGUGCUUCUGGAAGUGGCCGUGGAUCAUCAAGCAUCCAAGGAUCUGGUGCUUCAGCAGGAUGGCCGUGGAUCAUCAAGCCUCCAGGAUCUGGUGCUUCAGCAGGAGUAAGUGGAUCAUCUAACUUCCAAGGAUCUGGUGCUUCUGGAAGUGGCCGUGGAUCAUCAAGUAUCCAAGGAUCUGGUGCUUCAGCAGGAGUAAGUGGAUCAUCUAACUUCCAAGGAUCUGGUGCUUCUGGAAGUGGCCGUGGAUCAUCAAGCAUCCAAGGAUCUGGUGCUUCAGCAGGAGUAAGUGGAUCAUCUAACUUCCAAGGAUCUGGUGCAUCUGGAAGUGGCCGUGGAUCAUCAAGCAUCCAAGGAUCUGGUGCUUCAGCAGGAGUAAGUGGAUCAUCUAACUUCCAAGGAUCUGGUGCUUCUGGAAGUGGCCGUGGAUCAUCAAGCAUCCAAGGAUCUGGUGCUUCAGCAGGAGUAAGUGGAUCAUCUAACUUCCAAGGAUCUGGUGCUUCUGGAAGUGGCCGUGGAUCAUCAAGCAUCCAAGGAUCUGGUGCUUCAGCAGGAGUAAGUGGAUCAUCUAACUUCCAUGGAUCUGGUGCUUCUGGAAGUGACCGUGGAUCAUCAAACUUUCAAGGAUCUGGUGCUUCUGGAAGUGACCGUGGAUCAUCAAGCAUCCAAGGAUCUGGUGCUUCAGCAGGAGUAAGUGGAUCAUCUAACUUCCAGGGAACUGGUGCUUCAACAGGAGUGCGUGGAUCAUCUAACUUCCAAGGAUCUGGUGUUUCAGCAGGAGUAAGUGGAUCAUCUAACUUCCAAGGAUCUGGUGCUUCUGGAAGUGGUCACGGAUCAUCUGACUUCCAGGGAACUGGUGCUUCAACAGGAGUGCGUGGAUCAUCAAACUUUCAAGGAUCUGGUGCUUCUGGAAGUGGCCGUGGAUCUGUUUCUUCUGGAAUUGGCCGUGGAUCAACAAGCAUCCAAGGAUCUGGUGCUUCUGUAAGAGCCCGUGGAUCAUCAAGCAUCCAAGGAUCUAGUUCUUCAACAGGAGUGCGUGGAACAUCAAACUUCCAAGGAUCUGUUUCUUCUGGAAGUGACCGUGGAUCAUCAAGCAUCCAAGGAUCUGGUGCUUCUGGAAGUGGCCAUGGCUCAUCUAACUUCCAGGGAACUGGUGCUUCAACAGGAGUGCGUGGAUCAUCAAACUUUCAAGGAUCUGGUGCUUCUGGAAGUGGCCAUGGAUCUGGUGCUUCUGGAUUUGGCCGUGGAUCAACAAGCAUCCAAGGAUCUAGUUCUUCAACAGGAGUGCGUGGAACAUCAAACUUCCAAGGAUCUGUUUCUUCUGGUAGUGGCCGUGGAUCAUCGAGCAUCCAAGGAGCUGGUGCUUCAACAGGAGUGAGUGGAUCAUCAAACUUUCAAGGAUCUGGUGCUUCUGGAAGUGGCCAUGGAUCUGGUGCUUCUGGAAUUGGCCGUGGAUCAACAAGCAUCCAAGGAUCUGGUGCUUCAACAGGAGUGCGUGGAACAUCAAACUUCCAAGGAUCUGUUUCUUCUGGUAGUGGCCGUGGAUCAUCGAGCAUUCAAGGAUCUGGUGCUUCAGCAGGAGUGAGUGGAUCAUCAAACUUCCAAGGGUCUCGUGCUUCAGGAAAUGGCCGUGGAUCAUCAAAUUUCCAAGGAUCUGGUACUUCUGGAAGUGGCCAUGGAUCAGUUCAUAUUCAGGGAUCUGGUGCUUCAGCAGGGGUACGUGGAUCAUCAAACAUCCAAGGUUCCAGUGCUCCUAUAGGUGGCCAUGGAUCAAGCUUUCAAGAAUCUGGUGCUUCUGUUAGUGGUCAUGAGUCAUCAGCAGCAGUCAGAGAAUCAACUGUAUCUUCAACCAUAAGAGACUCCAUGCCCUCUAAUGGGUUUACAGGAUCAAGAGGUUCUUCUUCUAUUACCACAACUGGAACGUCAACAAUAACGCGUGGAAACAUUCUAAACUCGGGACGCAAGGGACACGAGACUGCCUUUUCAGCAGCAGCAGCGGCCAACCGAAACGCCCACUCCGCCCUCGCCGGUAAUUCCAACUUUACUGUAACUAAAAAUCGUGGAAAGAAGAAAUUCCAGCCUCCACAAUACCUUCUACAGUCCUCACUUUGGACAAUCCAGUCUUCUGCAAACAAUAAGAAUCUUGUUCCGAGGGGUAAUCAGCGUCACAGUAACAGACGAGGAAGCUCUGGAGCCUUAAGAACGGCUUCGGCCAACACGAUCAACCGAGAUGUAUCGUCAUCAGCAAAUCAAGCAACUUCUCGGUCUGAAAAUAAAGUAGAAAAAGAUGCUGGCACUGUCUCAAGUUUUGGAUCCAACAUUGUGAAUUCUGCUGGAACGGAGUCUGGAAGCACAUCACAUCUACAAGGCUCCUCAGAAGUUCAUAAGCUAUUAACGUUUUCUGACAGAGAAUCAUCCAGUUCCUCAGGAUUUCAAAUAUCAUCCAACACUCAGGCAUCACGAGACUCUUCUGGGUUCCGUGGACCAGGGAACACGCAGGUAUCCGAUGGUUUUGUCAAGAGCCAUGAGACAACAGCUGCACAACAUUCAGAGAGCUCCUCAGAGUUCCCUGGGUCGUCUAACACCCAGGAGUCAAACUUUUCUUCCCAAAGAUCCAGUGCGUCUUCAAGGAUUCGUGGCUCGCCCGGUUCUUCAAGCUUCCAUAAAUCUUCAAAUUCCCAACAACUUACUGGUACACUGAUGACUCAAGAGUCAGGAGUGUCUUCAAAUACUCAAACAUCGUCCUCCUCAGGAGCCAAUGAAUUGAACACUCUAGGACAUAGCUCAUUCCACGAGGAAUCAAAUGCUUCUUCAAGGAUCCGUGGACCAUCGCUGGCUUCUUCCAGAACAUCUAGUGGGGCUGCAAGAAUUCAAGGUUCUUCACACACCGGGGGAUCUAGUUCUUCCUUCCGAGGAUCAAACACCCAUUCAAGAAUUCGUGGAUCAUCAGCGUCCAGUAGUACUACACAGUCAAACACUGGCGUUCAUACUCAAGACCUGGUGAGGAUCAAUGCCCUUGGAGCCUCUCGCAAUAAUUUUGAUAGCAGAAUUGUUGUUGGUAUGGAAGACACCACAGAAAGUGAAGUCUUUUACACCACAACAGAAUUUGCGAAUGAAGUGACAACCGAACCAAAUAUUGUGGAAGACUAUGAUGAAAUUGUAACUCCUCUAACCACAUACAGACCUGAUAUAUCAAGCACUUCUACAUCUAGCCAAGCAACUCAAAACACCCGUGCAAGAGCAUUCGGAUCCCGAGGUUCUAGUAGCUUCUUUUCAAGCAGUUCAUUUAACUCAGUCCAGAACAGUCAGACGCGAGGUAGAGGCCGCAUAACCCGCCCCCCAGCCACCACCACUAUUGCUCCUGUCGUCACUCAGGACUCCUCACAUACGUUUUCAAAGACAAAUAUCCAAGUUUCACAGCCGACCACUCCAGCACAAAGGAUAAACACAGCACCAGUAAACACUAGAGUCACUGCAGCUGUUACUACUACAGCGGCUCCCGUGCGCAUCAAUCCCUCGACACGAAUUAGCAGUCGUCGACGUGUGAAUACGCCAAGAACACAGUCUGAAGGGCAAGUAACUACUCAGAGGGAUUCAGCUACUCACUCUUCCGUUUCCAGUACUGAAGGCGACCGCCAAGUGAGAACUGAAAGUGGACAGAGUAGUCAGACCUCAGGAACCAGGAAAGUGAUAAGAAAAAAGAUUAUCAUAAAUGGUCGGCCAAGGUCUCAGGGUAAUAGGGAAGCUAGCACUACAGAAACACCAGCACAAGCCAGAAUAACCCAGGACGAGGAAGAAAAUAAAAAGCAUCAAAGAGCACUGGAUGCUUUAGCAAGGUUCAAUCCUGGUCUUGCAAACUCCAGACUUUUGUCAGUUCAGUUUACACCAAAUGUUAAGACAAAAUCAGAUAAAAGUGCAUCAGAAGCCAAGAACACUAAGACAACUACCACCGAGUCUUCGCAGUCAACUGGAUCCUUCAGGUCAUUUGGUAGUCGAAGAAGAAACUCUGGGCGCGUCAAUAAUGUAGUUACAACCACACCUGCUACUACGACGCAGCCAUCGAUUAUCAGGUCUAGUAGAAGGUUUAGACCCUUGACAGUUCGUCCUUCUACAGCAGCAACAACAACAACAGAAGUUCCAACAACGGUGACACCCAUCCCAUCUCCAUCACAACGUAACAGGAAUAGCGGGCGUCGAAGAAUUUCCCUCAACGAGACUCCUACUACAGAAGAAAAUGUGGAAACAACUACAAUAUCCUCGCCUUCUGUAGCCGAGUCAACUGGUUUUUCUUCAAGGAGAACUGGGAGUCAGACAAGAGGGAUUCCGAGGAGUGGCAAUACUGCAAGUGUUCGCAGGAAAGUCUUGAAAAAAGUAACCCCCAUAUCAAACAGCAAUGGCCUUCCUGUAACUAAUACAAACACAAGGUCGUCAUCGGUUUCAGCUUCAAGGUUCUUGUCGAACUCUGAUUCUGCAUCGUCGUCCCAUUCUUUUUCUUCAUCUUCUAACUCUUCCUUCUUGUCAUCGUCCUCUGGUGACCAUAACUCCAGUAGUUCUGUUAAAAGCUCCAAUAUCCCGACAGGACUCAAGCUUAGAGUUGUAGGGACGAGUAUUAAAUCCAGUGUGUCUACUGUUAGUAAUGACAAUAAUAAUGCACAUGACUCCUCUCUGUCUUCGUCUUCAGCAUCGUCAUCAUCUAGGUCAUCCUCCGGCAAUAGCAGGAGAGUAACCAGACUAAACACAGCCAUAAAAACAUCCCGACAGGAUACUACUGCCGGCAGCCACGACCCUCUGACCGACCUGGAGUUGGAAGCUCUCUCAGCUCUAGCCAACGUCAACACUGGUCUCGGCUCCCUCCAGCACGAAUCUGCCCGUGCUACUCCGGAAGUCCACCCUGAAGCAGAGAGUGAGACCAGAAGAACAAACUCGAGACGCAGCAGACUUCUGACCUCUCGUGGCAGGUCGAGAUCAUCUCUCAACUCUUGAAGUCAAAACCUGUGAUUAUUGCUUUUUUAUACUUCAUUUGUCGCCAUAUACAGUAUGUAUGGCACACCAAGUGUGCAUUAAGUAGACGUGUAAGUGUUAUAUUUGUUUUGUCGACAGUCUCAGCACUGGUGAGCUGAGCCGUGUAAACUUCAACUACGUAGCUUAGGAUUUUUGUACUGAUAAAUUCAGUAAAGACUUUCUCCAGCUUUUGACGUUUAGUUUGGUACUUGAAACGUCUCCUCUUCAAUGUAAGAUAUUUGCCAAUUUUUAUUAAUAAAGAAAAUGUUCUGA